AUGGUUCAGUCACUAACGGGAGCUGGUUUCACACCUGCAGGGCUCCUCUCCUCUGGGCUCUGCUGCCUGCUUCAGUCUGAGAGGAAGUUCAAACACAUAGAGGAGGGCACAAGGAGGUGUGGAGGAGGCAGAAGGAGGGUACAAGGAGGUGUGGAGGAGGCAGGGGGAGGGUACAAGGAGGUGUGGAGGAGGCAGAGGGUGGGUACAAGGAGGUGUGGAGGAGGCAGGGGUGGGUACAAGGAGGUGUGGAGGAGGCAGGGGGAGAGCACAAGGAGGUGUGGAGGAGGCAGGGGUGGGUACAAGGAGGUGUGGAGGAGGCAGAGGGAGAGCACAAGGAGGUGUGGAGGAGGCAGGGGUGGGUACAAGGAGGUGUGGAGGAGGCAGGGGGAGGGUACAAGGAGGUGUGGAGGAGGCAGAGGGAGGGUACAAGGAGGUGUGGAGGAGGCAGGGGGAGGGUACAAGGAGGUGUGGAGGAGGCAGAGGGAGGGUACAAGGAGGUGUGGAGGAGGCAGGGGGAGGGUACAAGGAGGUGUGGAGGAGGCAGGGGGAGAGCACAAGGAGGUGUGGAGGAGGCAGAGGGAGAGCACAAGGAGGUGUGGAGGAGGCAGAGGGAGGGUACAAGGAGGUGUGGAGGAGGCAGAGGGAGGGUACAAGGAGGUGUGGAGGAGGCAGGGGUGGGUACAAGGAGGUGUGGAGGAGGCAGAGGGAGGGUACAAGGAGGUGUGGAGGAGGCAGGGGGAGGGUACAAGGAGGUGUGGAGGAGGCAGGGGGAGAGCACAAGGAGGUGUGGAGGAGGCAGAGGGAGAGCACAAGGAGGUGUGGAGGAGGCAGAGGGAGGGUACAAGGAGGUGUGGAGGAGGCAGAGGGUGGGUACAAGGAGGUGUGGAGGAGGCAGGGGUGGGUACAAGGAGGUGUGGAGGAGGCAGAGGGAGGGUACAAGGAGGUGUGGAGGAGGCAGGGGGAGGGUACAAGGAGGUGUGGAGGAGGCAGGGGGAGAGCACAAGGAGGUGUGGAGGAGGCAGAGGGAGAGUACAAGGAGGUGUGGAGGAGGCAGGGGGAGGUUAUCUUUUUAGAAGUCUUCCUCUCAAGCCCAAAGCCCAACAACAAGGCUAUUUUUAUCCGUGGGUAACCUCCCGUGGCAGCUCCAGUCCCCGGCUCACCUCAGCCAGACACAGCGCGGCAGAGUGGAAAGGUGUCAACAUGCCCACAUUAGGAACCCCCACGUCCACUCUCUAA